AACGUGACCUUAACGUAUGACGAUACGAGUUACCAUCUCGCUCACGAUACCGCCAAACCACAAGUAGGAAAGGCUGAUCUUGAAACAUUAUGCUCGUCAAAGUGUCUCUGCUCCUCGCUACUGUUCAUAUCCUGGAUUGCUGCUUAUUCGGUCCAGACCCUCCAGGAGUUACGAGAGCUUACGCUGUCAUUUACCGAGCGGUACCUGGUGGUGAUCCUGUUGCACCCAUCGGUUCCGUUCAUUUCAUGCAAUAUGGAUGCACCGUCAUAAUAGCUGGCACCAUAUAUGGCUUGUCGCCAGGACCCCAUGGUUUUCAUGUGCACGAAGUGGGAAAUCUAGGAAAUGGAUGUUUAGCUGCUGGUCCACACUUUAAUCCUACUAAUGCAACUCAUGGUGCUCGACAAGAUGAAAUUCGGCAUGUUGGAGAUCUUGGAAAUGUUGUUGCACAGAACAGUGGCGUUGCAGCUUUUUGGCUGCGUGACUCCGUGAUUACUCUAACUGGUCCAAACAGCAUUGUGGGAAGAUCACUUGUGAUUCACGAAGGCGAAGACGAUUUGGGUCGCGGUUCGCAUCCAGACAGCAAAGCAACCGGCAACGCUGGCGGACGCUUCGGUUGCGGAAUUAUCGUUGCCAAAUGAUAAUCUGAGUU